UCAAAGCCUCUUUCUGAGACCUAAACCCUAACGCCGUUUUUUCCCUUCUUCGGCGUCCCUCUCUCUCGGCCAGCUCCAUCUCUGCGGCAGCAGCCUCUCUCUCUCACCGCCGUCUCUCCAGCGACGGUCAACACCACAACGCCGUCUCUCCUUCCCCCUGACGCCGCCCUAGCCGUGCGUCCCUCUCCCUCGGCGACAGACUUCCCAGCGCCACAACGCCCCAACGCCGCCACCAUGACAGAGAAAAACCCUACCCCUGAGAAAUCUGCCACCACGCCACCAUCCACUCCUCACUUGGCGUUUACCACCAUCUCUAACGUGAAGCUUCACGUCCCGAUCCUCUUGAGUUUCUCCGAGCCAAAUUAUAAAAAGUGGAGCCGGUUGUUUCUCCUCUUGGUUCGACGCUUCUCCCUCGGUGAUUUUCUCACCGGUAAAUCAGUUCCCUCCGGCACCGACGACACCGAAUGGUACCAACUUGAUGCACUCAUUCAAGGGUGGAUUCUCUCCACAAUUAAUGACGAGGUUUCUGAUCUUGUCCUCUCCUCUACCGAUUCGGCGACGGAACUUUGGAAAUCUAUUCACUCUCUCUUCCACGACAACAAGCCUGCCCGGGCUAUGCAAUUGGAGCACCAAUUCCAGACGACGACGAAAGGGUCACUCACCAUGUCGGCCUACUGUCAAGCCCUCAGAAACUUAGCCGACUGGUUGGACGACGUCGAUGCCCCAGUUUCCGAACAACAACUCGUGCUACAGGUUCUUCGGGGGCUUCCGGAUGACAUACGAAGCCAAACGUCCUUCCUCCAGUUUCAAACGCCGCCCCCGACGUUUCUCCAAACCCGAUCAGCACUCCUUCUCAUAGAGCGACAACGGAUGGAUCUGGGCAGCGAUGAUCACUCCUCCGGCACGGCCCUUCUCUCGGCCAGCAACCCUACCAUCGGAGGCCGCGGACCCCACAGCACCAGCAGCGGCCGAGGACAGCAGCAGCAUAGCGGCGGCAGUGGUCGUGGCCGUGGCAGUCACCGAAGCCGCGGUCGAGGGCUUCUGAAGGACAACAUCGCUGUUGGGAUUUCCGACAUGCAUGUCGGGAUGGUUUGCUAGAACCAUGGUUUGGCAGCCAACGCCGAAAACCGAUGUCAAAAACCAAAGUUCUCCAAAAUGAAAACCAAGUGUUGGA